AGAGCACAAACUUGAGGUGAUUAAUAACCAAAUCACCGUCACGCGCCGUCAUGGUUUGUGCUUUUAGCUAAGAUAAUAAAAACAGAUCAUGGCUGCAAAAUUGUUCAAUUCGAGAGCUAUAUUCCAAAAUGCACCAGUGAGCUGGAGGCAUGGUGAUCAUUGUCAUAACUUUUGCAGUUCUAUUCGGCAACGCUAUUAGUUGCGCUCGCGUAAGAGUAUAUUCCCAGGAGAAAGCUGCAACAUGCACCGUUCCUUAUGCAGACAAAUAUGCUAUUCAAUUCCCGGGAAAUCUAAAUUUUACCUCUAAUGGGAACAUCAUUAAAUUCCACGGAAACUUCUCUGUCACUGAACUUAUCCAGGAGCCACUAGAGAUGAUUUUAGUGUCGAAUCGAUGCACGUUGGACAUGAAAACCUGUGAACAGUUCAAUAAAGUAACGCUUGCCGACAUCUGCCGAUACAUAAACGACGAAAAAGGCCGUUGGGCGCCAUUCUUCAGAAGUACGGAUCCGGAUUUCAAAUGCCCCAUCAAACCCGGUGUGUACAAGUUCCAAAAAUCAAUUCUUGACCUGACGUUCUUCACCAAGUUUCCGAUGGAAGGGUAUCGUUGGUUGACUUUCAUAAAACUAUUCUCGGGGACUAAACCGAAGAAGGAACUGCUCUGUCUUACUUCACAAAGCUCGAUGUAUUGGAUUAGGAAAUCCUAAAUCAAUCGCAAAUGUUCAUUCUGCAUACAAGGUGUGUUUAUACAGGUUAAUCUAAAAAUAGGCUCUUCUCACCAGCUUGAAAUUUUAUUUUCCUGAAGUAUUAAUGAUUUCAAUGAAUGGUAACCGUAUUUAGCUUUAGUUUGAAUAGCACACUCGUUCAGAAGAUCCAAAAACUCUGAUUAUUGUAAUAGAAAUAUUGCCUUUUUUGAAAGUUCAUGCAAUUUCUAAUCAACUCCAACUCUAUUUGAAAGUAUAUGAAAGUAUUUGGAAGUAAACUGAUGGAAUAUUUGAAGUCGCUCAGAAGCGCUACUCUUGAAAAACACUAAUCACUCAUGAAACGAACUAUUUCUUCAAAUAAGACAAACCAGGAAGUCUGAUCCUAUUCCUGCACGUUCGCCAAGAGAGCCCCCUCAUGCUAAAGUGAAUCAUGGAAGUACCCAAAUGGUUAUUUACCCUAUGUAGAUAAUAAAUAAAUGAUGCGAAAUGAAAUCUUACCAAAA